AUGUCUGAUCACAGCAGCAUCAACCAGAUUGGCGAAGCUGGUCUUCACCAUCUACCCUUUCGCACAAAAGAAGGUCGACACAGUGAUGCACCGCAGCUUUCUAAAUUUCCUAUUCUUAAUAGACGGCAUGGCAAGAAAUUACCAGAAAGUCUUCACUUUAAUCCCGGCACGUUCCGGCUUCGUUCGCCUACAGAGUCUUCUUUGAGUAGCAUCUCUUCAGCAAACAUUCCGGAUUCAGCAACUACUCAUUCUCUUUCUACCUUGGCGAGCCCUACGAGUACUACAUAUGCUAGUUCUAUCAAUGAACAGUUUGCUGCUACGACGCUUGAUGGAGGAUCAAGACCUGCGAGUCGUAUUUGUCAUAGACAUAACCCGUCGAGUGGGACUUGUUCGACGUUUGUGAAUGAGGAUGAAGAUGCUAUUAUCACGGGGUAUCCUGAGUUUGAUAUCAAGAUUCGUGGUAUCGAUGAGUUUCAGAGACAACCUGUUGUUCAAGAAAUUCAACCUGCAAGUACCGAGUCUUUCAUCAAGGAGGAAAAGGUUCUCACACCUACAGAGUCUACUCACACAGACAUCCCAGAUUGUGAUGACAAUGAAGAAGAUUCUGGAGAUGUCUCUUCUGAAGAUGCCACCCUCGUUCUCAACUACGCUCUCCAAGUCAUCUACGGCGUCGAUCUCAAUGACACCUCAAUCGCCCAAGAUAAAGUCCAAAGCCUCGUCUCCAACUUUGCCCAGAACAUAAACCAACACAUCUGGCAAUCCGCCUCAGACGGCCAAUUCUCCCACACAAUGUCACGAUCAAGCUCAUCAUCCACGCCUUCGCAAGACGCCUCCAACAACGACCGACGAGGAAAGCGCAAGAAGCAGGGCAAGCGUGAAGACGAUGGCGAUGAAUUCAGUGACGGCGAGGGAUCAGGAUAUCUUCCUAUCAAGCGUUCACGACCAAACCCCAAGGAUGAUGAGAAUUUACGGCUCAGCUGUCCUUUCCGAAAGAGGAAUCCUCAUCGGUUUAACGUGAGAGAUCAUCACAGCUGCGCAAUGACUUAUUUUCCCAAAUUUGCUGAGCUUAGGCAGCAUAUUGUGAAGCAGCAUAAACGCGAUGAUCCCUCGGCUUACGUCUGCGAUCGCUGCAGUCGUGAUUUUCCCACACGAAAAGAACUACGCGACCAUCAACGUCUACCAAAAGAGCACAUGUGCGAUAUCGCCGAUGCAGAUGCCGAGAGCGGAAUCGAUCCUCAGACUGCGACGAAGUUACUGAGCAGGAAACGAGCGAGUGGUACUUCUCCUGAAGUACAGUGGAGGGAGAUUUGGAAUAUUGUUUUUCCAGAUGACGAUGAUGGUGAUGUCCGAUCUUAUGAGUACACUCCUGUUAUCGAACACUUCGAAGUAGCAGCCAAAUACCAGAAAGCUUUCGAACAGCUCAAACUCUCCCUCGUCGACAAGAUCUCCAACCCCGCCACGCUCGAAACCCUGUCUACGAAAUUCUACCAAUGCUUCGUUGAGACGCUAGACCAUUGCAUCGCAAACGCGCAAAGCAUGCCCUACACAAACCGAAGUAACAAAAAGAACGAAAUCACGCGAUCCCAAGCACCCCAGAGCAUCGUCCAACGCAAAAGCCGAGAUAUAAUGCCCAGACCUGAUUCCGGCGUUAUACUAGACGAUGGCUCCGAAGAAAGCGGCAGUUUGGGACAUAGAGAUAGUAUGAGGACUAUUAGAAGUGGUGCUGCAGGAAGGGGAAGCCAAGUACCAGAAACAGUCCUCGAGAUUAUAACGCCGACUGCUGGGUUUGAUGAUAUGAUGCAGCCUUCCAUGCUGGCUAUGACUGGAGGGACAGAUGUACAGGCAUGGAAUAAUGGCGUGGUAUAUCCCCAGAUGAUUGCGGAUCAGAUGCUUCCGGCAAAUGGAUUGACGACGCAAGCUGAUUAUAUGAACUGGGGGCAGAUGUAUCCUGCUUUUGAUACGCUGGGGAAUGGAUUUACGGGAUUUAAUGGACAGCACUAA